AUGCGUGCGCCGACCAUCAUCCUCAGCAUGGCGCAAUUUUUGCCUCUCUACAUUUCAUCUGGCGCAAGCGCAACUCCAAAGGAGAUGGCACUUCGAAAGCACGUUUCUUGCAACGGGUAUGGCUGCAGCUAAUCAAGUUGACGAAAUAAUGACACAAAACACUGCGAUACUACCUCCUGCUCGACGUACACCAGCAGUACCU